GAAAAGUUUACCUCUGACUAUUCCGCUCGACUGAAAGGACGGAGAAACAGCAGCGAUGGCAACCCAAGCCCAGCAGCCGCCACACCUGCACCUGGCUGAGCUCACCGCUGCGCAGUUCAUCGACAUCUGGAAGCAUUUUGACGCAGAUGGAAAUGGUUACAUUGAAGGAAAGGAGCUGGAGAACUUCUUUAGAGAGCUGGAAAGUGCCAGACGAGGAGCCGGCGUGGAUCCUACACAUGCUGCGUUCAAAGAGAAGAUGAGAGAGUUUAUGGCAAAGUUUGACAAAAAUGCUGAUGGAAGGAUUGAGAUGGCAGAGCUGGCUCAGCUCCUGCCCACAGAAGAAAACUUCCUGCUCUGUUUCAGAGAGUUUGUGGGAUCCAGCGCUGAAUUCAUGGCAGCCUGGAGGAAAUAUGACUCUGACCGGAGCGGAUACAUUGAGUCAAAUGAGCUGAAGGGUUUCCUGUCAGACCUGCUGAAGAAGGCGAACAGAAACUACGAUGACAAGAAGCUCAGCGAGUACACAAAGACAAUUCUGAGGAUGUUUGAUCUGAAUGGAGACGGUAAGCUGGGUCUCUCUGAAAUGGCAAGGCUCUUGCCCGUCCAGGAAAACUUCCUGUUGAAGUUCCAGGGUAUCAGACUCACAGUGAAAGAAUUUGACUCCCUCUUCACCUACUAUGACAAGGAUGGUAAUGGCUACAUUGAUGAGCAGGAGCUGGAUGCUUUGCUGAAGGACCUUUGUGACAAGAACAAAAUGGACGUCGACUCAACAGGACUGGUGGGCUACAAGAAGAGCAUCAUGGCUCUGUCUGAUGGAGGGAAGCUGUACCGCACUGAGCUGGAGAUCGUCCUCUGCCGGGACUCCACACUGUGACCUCCCUGCAUGGGACCCUGACACCUCCCUCCUUGCUUCUUCUUCUUCCACAGCCUCCUCUGUCCUACCUCCUGAUGUGACAUGGUGCAUGUGUGACCCUAAACCUCGCUACACAACUUAGAGUGAAAACAAAAGAGCCCAAAGUGUACUGCUGGCACUGCAGAUUUAGCUUUCUACCCCCCUCUGAGCUUCUUUUUUUAAUGUUUAAUGCAGACCCACAUUGAGAUAGCCAUAGCAAUGAAGACAGGAAGACAUUUGUGUUUAUAUGUAUCUGACUUGUAUGCAUUUGUAUUUUUUUUCACUAAUCUAUAUAUGUUCCUCUUCCACUUAAUUUGAAAAAUUAAUAUGUUCUGUAGCAUCUGCUUUUUUAAUUUAUUUACUUCUGUUUAAUUUAAAGGAUCCUGUUUUAUGA